UUCGUUUUCAGCUAAAGCCACCCCUAACCCAAAAUGCUAAACCCAUCCACCAACCAACCCAGGCACUCGUCGUCGUCGUCUUAGACUCUCCUCAGGCUCAGACCAACCAUGGCCUCCACUGCCCACCAUUUCUGCUCAUCUCUCUCCGCCAAAUCUUCCCUCUUCAACCCCAACUCCAACUCCUCCGACUUGCUUCUUCGUGUUCAGACCCCCAACGCCGUCUCGCUUCGCUCCUCCUUUGUUUCCCCGAGUUCGAUUGAGUUGACUCGAGGCGUGAACUCGGCUUUGGCCGCCACCCGCGUCAAGUCCAGGUCCAGGAUAUGUGCCAGCUCCGUGCAGGUUAUGGAUCAGUCUUUGGGUUCAACGGGCUCCAAAGUCCCUACCAUUGUCGAGGUUGAUUUGGGUAAUCGGAGCUAUCCGAUUUAUAUUGGUUCCGGCCUUCUUGACCAACCUGAGCUUCUUCAGAGGCAUGUUCAUGGGAAGAAGGUUCUUGUAGUCACAAACACAACGGUUGGACCAUUGUACUUGGACAAAGUUGUCGAUGCCUUGACAAGAGGAAACCCAAAUGUCAUUGUAGAAAGUGUGAUUUUACCGGAUGGUGAACAGUAUAAGAACAUGGAAACUCUCAUGAAAGUCUUUGACAAGGCUAUUGAGACGCAAUUGGACCGAAAAUGUACAUUUGUUGCUCUUGGAGGUGGUGUAAUUGGUGAUAUGUGUGGCUAUGCUGCUGCUUCUUUCCUUCGUGGUGUUAAUUUCAUUCAGAUUCCAACUACUGUAAUGGCGCAGGUUGAUUCUUCGGUUGGGGGAAAAACUGGGAUAAACCAUCCUUUAGGGAAGAACUUAAUUGGCGCAUUUUACCAACCUCAAUGUGUACUCAUAGACACAGACACCCUAAACACAUUGCCGGAAAGGGAAUUGGCAUCGGGCCUUGCAGAGGUCAUUAAGUAUGGCCUGAUUAGGGAUGCAGAGUUUUUUGAGUGGCAGGAGAAGAACAUGAAGGCAUUGCUGGCUAGGGAUCCAACUGCAAUGACUUAUGCUAUCAAGCGUUCAUGUGAAAACAAGGCUGAGGUUGUGUCCCAGGACGAGAAGGAAAGUGGACUGAGGGCAACAUUGAAUCUGGGUCAUACAUUUGGCCAUGCAAUAGAAACUGGGAUGGGCUAUGGAGAGUGGCUCCAUGGGGAAGCAGUUGCAGCCGGCACGGUUAUGGCUGUCGACAUGUCGUACAGACUCGGAUGGAUAGACGAGUCACUUGUAAAGCGAGUUCGUAACAUUCUAGAACAAGCUAAAUUACCUAUUGCCCCUCCUGAAAUCAUGACUGUGGAAAUGUUCAAGUCUGUAAUGGCGGUUGACAAGAAGGUAGCUGAUGGACUUCUAAGACUCAUUCUUCUAAAAGGUCCUCUAGGCAACUGUGUUUUCACAGGUGAUUAUGAUAGAAAAGCACUCAAUGAAACACUCCAUGCGUUUACCAAGUCAUGAACCAAAUUAUGUAACUAACUAGUUACGAACUUUUGAGUCCCUUUUUAAUUUUCUUCAUAAUUUAUAUUUGUAAUGAUUUGUAAGAGCCUUUUACCAUGUUGUAAUUUUAGACAUUGUGGGCAUGGAUUAAAUUAAUAAAUAAAUCAAUAAAAAAAAUUCCCAUUUUGUAAUA